GUUGGGCCCAUGCCUUUGCUCGAGCUCUAACUGCUGUCAUGAAACAACAUGGAUACACUGGAAAGUUACCCACGGUAGCAGAUCUUACAUCUUUGAUCGAUUCCAAAUUUCUUUCGAAAAUUAAUGGAUUGCCGAGGAGUGAAGAUGCUGCAACUCUAUUUCGCGAUCAUUAUAAUUGUGAAUUCAUUGUGCAUCGUCGCCCAAAGCUGACAUUGGUUCAAGAGAAUGAAGAGUUUGAGAAAUUUAUAGAGAGGCGACUAGCUAUAGGGCAAGUAGCAAUGUGCUUCUCUUACGUGUCAGGUUAUUCUGGUUUCUGCAGUGUACUAAAUGAUAGAAGGAGAAAGAACACAGCUUUCUCAGUUUUCCGUCUAAACGAAGGUGAUAUCCAGCAAAUGUUUUACGAGAAGUUAGAUGAGCAUUGUGCUGUCAUAACCGGUCAUGGAGUGAUGAUAAAGGGUUGUGAGAGCAUUGAGUAUUUUGAGAUCCAAGAAACCCAAGGACCUUGUUUUGCUGAUAAUGAUUCACUCGAUUGGAACGCCACAAGGGCAUCAUUACAGAAGUUAUGAA